AUGUCGGGAGAACUGGAGAUGACAAAUCUGCACUUGAAACCGGGGACAACCUUGAAGAUCAAGGGCAGGAUCGCGGACGAAGCUGACGGCUUUGUGAUUAACCUGGGCCAGGGGACAGAUAAGCUGGGCCUGCAUUUUAACCCACGCUUCAAGGAAUCCACCAUCGUCUGCAACUCCCGGGACGGCAACUGGGGGAAAGAGCAUCGCGACAGUCACUUGUGCUUCAGCCCCGGGUCAGAGACCAAGGUGACCCUGGCCUUUCACAGUGAUGAGUUCAAGGUGGAGCUCCCAGAUGGGUACGAGUUGACCUUUCCCAACCGGCUGGGCUACAGCCACCUGAGCUACCUGAGCAUCAAGGGGGGACUCCAGGUCUCCUCUCUCAAGCUCAACUGA